CGCACCUUGCCCGCACCCUGGCGGGCACCUGUCGCACCCUGCCCGUCCCCGGACACCUCCAUCCCUGCACAGGAUGCUCCCGCAACCAAAAGUGCCCUGACGCCAAACACCUUCAGGAGUCUUUUCUUCCAGAGGGUUUCCCUCCCCAGGAGGUGACCGGAUGAGGGAAGGGUGGCUGGGAGAAGAGCAGCCCCUGGCCAAGCUGGCCGCGGAGGCAAAAGGUGGGUUUCGGGGCUACCCUUCCCGGCGAGCCCUGAACAUCGGAGCAAUCCCCUCAAGACCCUGACUGCGGGACUUCUCACCCCAAAGGAGGGAGCGGCACCCCUUGGCGGGGUCAGGGGGUCCUGGGGCCUGCCUGGCCACGGCGAAGGGGCUUGCGGGGCCAGGGCCACCCCAGGGGCCUCUUAUGGGUCGCGCCCCGCCCCGGAGGGCCGCGGGAGGGCUCACGUGGGGAGCGGCACCUAUGGGGAGGCGGCGGGAGCCGGGCGGGCGGCGGGGCCCAUCGGGGCGGCGAGCUGUCAAAGAGGCAUCCCGGGAGCCGGGAGCGGGAACAACCCUAUGUGUCUCUAAGCUGCGAGACCCCCCGCCCCGGCCCCGCUCGCCAUGAACACCGAGGAGCAGUAUUACGCCUCGGCGCAGCUCUAUAAGGAGUCGUGCUCAUUUCAGAGAGCCCCGGCACAGGAUUAUAGCCCCGGUCCCCCCGCCUGCCUGUACAUGGGCAGGCAGCAGCAGACUCCUUACCCCAACGCCUUAGGGGCUCUCGAGCAAGGCAGCCCGCCAGACAUCUCACCUUAUGAGGUGCCCCCCAUCACAGAAGAUGCCGGGGUCUCCCACCUUCACCACCAUCACCACCACCACCAUCUGCCUCCUCUCCACCAGGACGCGCUGCCUUUCGCAGACGGCGCGGACACGGGGGCGAUAGACGAGCCCCGAGUGCAGGUGCCUUUCGCCUGGAUGAAGUCCACCAAAUCUCACGCCUGGAAGGGACAGUGGACCGGGGGGUCCUACGUGGUGGAGCCGGAGGAGAGCAAGCGGACGAGGACGGCGUACACCCGGGCUCAGCUUCUGGAGCUGGAGAAGGAGUUUCUCUUCAACAAGUACAUCUCCAGGCCGCGGCGGGUGGAGCUAGCUGUCAUGUUGAACUUGACCGAAAGGCACAUCAAGAUCUGGUUCCAGAACCGGCGGAUGAAGUGGAAGAAGGAAGAGGACAAAAAGCGAGGGGCGGGCAACAGCAAUGACCCGGAGCAAGACUGCGUAGUGUCCCCCGGGGAGCUCCAGGGCAAGGAGGAUCUCCAGCCGUGCCCCUCCGGGAACCUGCCCUCGGGGGCCUCCAGGGACCCUCUCGCCCCCAACCUCGCCCCCAGAAGGCAGCUGGAUUCCCGGUGAGCCAUGGGGAGUCCCACGCCCCUGGCCGAGGAAGAGGAGACAGGGGAGAGAGCCGGGAAACUGGCUCCGGCUUCCCGCCGCAGUGCCGUGCCGUGGCCGACCCUCGCCCGCCUUCCCUGGGGAAACUCGAUGCCCCCACUCCGAAACUCUCGUCCUGAGAAAAUUAAACGAAAGUGUUCGGCUGUAGCGAGGAGAGGCUCGCUGCAGGCAGUGGGGCCGGAGGAGGCCGCAGUCAGCCUCCGGGAUGGCGGCGAGCUGAGCCCCACUUUCCCGGGGCACCCCGCGUCGCAGCGGGCCCGAUGGGGCAGCUUUCCCCGGGGAAGGCGGGUCUCGGGCAGGCACCGACGGUGUGCGCAACUCUGGGUGCACGGAGCUGUCUGGAAACAGGAGGAGAAGCGAGCCUACGCCGCCUUGCCGCUGGCGGCUGCUCGGAAGGGGCGUGGAGCCUGCCGUGCCCGGCGCUGCACAAGAGCGGCCGCAGAGCCAGGCAUCGUGGGCCUUAGGGGUCAGAGCCCCCAGGGGCACCGGUUCUACC